CUGACCUGAUGAGGCGUGCGCAUAUAAGAAGUCUAGCUGUGAAGUGUUUCAAAUGGAGAACUCAAGUGAAUGACAUUGUUUUCUCCAUUUAUAUGAAUCCUAAAGCAAUAUUAACCAUCAAGUGAAAGUGAGAAGCCUCAGACGUGAGCUUGAGAAAACAAACUACAGCAGUGGUUGCACGGAAUCAUCAUAACAAUGCUCAAACAAUUUAACCUCCUGAAGCAGUUUGGAGGUGUGGGGAAGUCUCAAGAUGCAACUGAUCUUCUCUCAGAGGAUUUGGUUUUGGUGAGUCCUUUUCAGACUUUCGUGUGUCACCUUGCUUCUCCCUAUAGACUACACAGGUUAGGGCUGGUGGCCAAAAACAUAUUCCCACACACAAACAGGCAUACAUGGUGUAGCACGGCAUGUGCUACCCCGGGCUCUAGGAGGACGCUGGAGGCACGGUUCAGGGUUGCAACAGCCAUUACUUUAAUUCACCGUACAACACAAAGUAAACCAAACACAACCAAUGCUACGCUGGCCACUUUUCAGUGGUUUACGCUAGCUAGACUUCUAAGUCCUUUCACUGGAGCUUUUCAGCUCUUCACUCGUCGUCGUCGUGGUUCCCCUCUCUCUGUCUUUGUUCCCUCUCGCUCUUUUUAAAAGGCGCUCACAAGCCGAGAGGGAAGGAAAGCUCGCUGGUCCGCCCCCUCGUCACUGCACCCAGCUGGCAGCUCAGCCGCCCGGGUCGAACGCUACGCAGCAGGGGGCGGGGCCCGGGAGGCGGAGCUCGGGACUCGCUCCUUGCUCUGGUGCCUCUCGUGGCCGGCACCAGCGUCCUCGUCCUCCUCCUCCAGCCGUCACUCUCAUGACUCGCGUCCGUCGAGGGUGCUCGGGUUUUGUGCUCCGCCCCCUCCACAGUCGCGGCUCUCUCCCUGCCGCCCUCGCCGAGGUGGAACAGCGUGUGGAGCCAGCGAGAAAAGCCGCCCAGAUCAUUCAUAAGAAGCUGACCAGCUGCCUUCAGAGUCAGCAGGGCCUGGAUUCAGACAAACGCAUGAAAAAGCUCCCUCUCAUGAUGCUUUCUGUCAGUAUGGCUGAGAGCUUUAAAGAUUUUGAUGCUGAAUCUUCUAUUAGGAAAGUUCUGGAAAUGUGCUGCUUCAUGCAAAAUUUUCUGGCACAAACCUUGGCAGAUUUUGAGAUGAAGUUGGAAAAAGAUGUUCUGGAGCCUCUAAAUAAACUCAGUGAGGAAGACCUUCCUGAGAUUUUGAGAAACAAGAAGCAGUUUGCUAAACUCACAACAGACUGGCACAAUGCACGCACCAGAUCCCAAGCUAGUACAGGUCCUCAGGCCAAGCAGGAUGGACUGAGGGAGGAAGUGGAGGAGGCAUGGAGGAGACUAGAGUCAAUCAAGGACCAGUAUUCAGCAGAUCUCUACCAUUUUGCCACUAAAGAAGAUGAGUAUGCUAACUACUUCAUUCGUCUCUUAGAACUCCAGGCGGAACACCACAGAGUCUCCUAUGAAUUCUUAGACAAAAAUAUCACUGAGCUCAAGGAAAGUCAUAGUCAAUCAGAGCCCCAGGUGGGUGUUUCCACAGGACACGUGUAUGGAGCGUCUCUGCUCUCUCACCUGACGAGCUCUGGCCGAGACAUUGCUCUGCCCAUUCAGGAGUGUGUUAACAUGCUGCUGCAUGUAGGACUUAGAGAAGAGGGUUUGUUCAGGCUGGCAGCAGCUGCCUCGGUGGUGAAGAAGCUGAAGAGCAGCUUGGACUCGGGCACAGUGGACCACUCUGAGUUCGACACUGACCCUCAUGCAGUAGCAGGUGCGCUGAAGUCUUACCUGAGAGAACUACCAGAACCUCUCAUGACAUUUGAACUGUAUAAUGAUUGGUUCAGAGCAGCAGGAGAGAAAGAAUUAGACAGCAAACUGGAGCAGUUGCGAGAAGUAUUGAAAAAACUCCCUCCAGAAAACUACAACAACCUCCGAUACCUUAUACAGUUUCUGGCAUGUUUGUCAGAACAGCAAGCCGUGAACAGGAUGACUCCAAGUAAUAUUGCCAUAGUGCUCGGACCUAAUCUACUGUGGCCUCGUACUGAGGGAGAAACCUCCCUGCUGGACAUGGCUUCUGCCUCCUCAGUCCAAGUUGUGACAGUUAUAGAACCACUUAUACAAUAUGCCAACAUCCUGUUCCCUGAAGAAAUUGAUUUUGACAUUCCAGAACUGCCAGAGCUAUCUCCAUCUUUAUCUCAGAGGAGCCUGUCUGACAGUGUCUUUCCACCUGCCUCUGUUUCAAAAACUGACAGCACAACGUCAUCUAACGACUUUGGGCCAGCAAUAAUGGUUAAAACUGGCCCACUCAAUCGUGGUGCAACAGUAUGGGAGAGUAAUAUUCCUGCUCCAGUCAGUCAGUCAUCUGCUCAGGGCCCAAGUCCAAAUCCAGUACCCUGUCAUAUUCAACACCAAGUCCAGACCAGUCCUCAGACCCAAGCCCAGCCUCAGAUCCAGACUCAGGCUCGAACUCAACUGAAGGCUUCUAGUCCUGGAGAGGGCAGCUCAGGGCAGGCUCAUGGUUCACCUGAGCCCACACUGAAAAUCACAACUCCAUUUAAACCAAGGAGGUCUUUCAUUCAGCCCAGGUCAUACAGAGAAUCUAUGACUAUAACCUCUGGCAAAUCCAAAGCCCCCAUUUCUCCCUUGAGCCAGGUUGGAAUUCCUCCAACGCCAGUGCCGAGAAGCAUAGCAUCAGCCCUUCCCACAGUUCCUGAAGCACAUACACAGCCUGUGGCUAAAACACAAGCUCCACCUGCCCCUUCAGCUUCACUGCCUGAAGCAGGGCCACAGCGUAAGGCCCCUGGCAAAAGACCUAAAAUUCCGCCACCAUUACCACCUCAGCAGCUGCCCAAGCAGCUCUCAUCCUCAGUCCAGUAAGUCCAGAUGCAUCCAUCUGCAGAUCUGCAGAGCCAGAAGCAGAUUUAGACAUGCAGUUUCAACAACAUAAUGUGACUGUAGACUUAACUACAAACAUGUUGUGUUAAAGUAACACUGUGUUAUUUAUGUGCCUGUGUUAGUAUACAAUUUCAAUAGCUAACUAGUAUAUUUUUUUUGUAGCUGGUAAGUCAGCUUAUACUUAAGAUAGUUUGACACAUUUGAACUUUAACUUUACAUUUAGGGUAUUAUUUUUCAUUAUGAAUUAAAAGGCAAAUUCUUAAUGAUUAACAAUUACGUUGGACACCAUGGCUUUUAGCUCGCUAGCUAUUAACUUCAGCUGUGAACAGGUAGUCCAAGCAACCCUAACCAUGACCAUAACUCUGAGGGGUGGUACAAACCACAGCAUGUCUUGAAACUGCAGGUCUUGAACUGCUGCUGGCCCUCUGGCACCCAAAUUUAAUUACAUUUUUCAGUGACUACCCCUCAACACGCCCAAACUGUGUAUUUGCAACAUACAUAACUUCCUAAUGGAAGUGUGGGGCUUUGUUUUAAAACAGAACAGACACCCAACACUUGUAAACAUGAAGUUAAAACAUUUUGGCACCCUAGCAUUUUGCACUGCACUUAGCAAUGGGCUAAGCACUCUGUCAUCAGGGUAAGCUGAACUAACAUUUGUUAAUGUAAGUUCCUUAAAGUUAGUUAGAUAGCUUUACUUUAGCUUCAGCUGGUUGCAGGUUACUGAAAUCUUUGGCAAUUCAUGGGCACAGACAAAAAAAAUAAUGCUCACAUAUGGCUGUAUGUUAGCUAAAAUCUUUUGUAUAUGUUGUACUUUGAGCUGGGGAUAGCUCAUUGCUAUAGGAUUGUGAUAAAUUUUAAAAAAGCAGUUAAUUCAGUUUGAGUAAAACCAAAGGUUUGCAGGGCUACCAGUAUAAUAUACUUUCCUUAACCUAUUUGUCAAAUGGAAUGCCCUUAGAGACAGAGGCUGAUGGAGGCUCCUUAAAGGGAGGGACAGAGGGGAAGUAUGAAAGACUUUCUUGUCCAGAGGCAUAAUGAGGGGCUGGUCUGCAGAUGGAUGAUGUUAAUAGAGUGAGUCCAGCCCAUAAAUGCCAGCUCAUGUCAUACCUGGUCUUUUGAUGAAGUAUAUUAAAAGAUAUUAACCUUUUAAAACUGACAAACUGGCAUCUAUGAUUUGUAAAACACAAUUCUUUAUUUCUUGUACAUAAUGUUUUUGCAUUUGAAGUGGUAUGUAACAACUUUAUUAUUUAGACUAUUAUACUUCUUCCAGCUUUGCGAGGCAUGACUCUAUAGAUCUGCAUUUUCACUUCUAUUUGAAGGUGCAUAUGUAUGUUAACAGUAUUAAUGUGUGCAGCUAAAAUGCUUCACUAAUUUGGGGAUUUUUAGCUCUGAUACAGUUGUAGCAGUAAUUCAUAUCAUCAUAAUCAUACAUGUAAACAAUAUUUUCAUA